AUGUCUGAUAACAAAUAUUAUCAGUUCAGAAGUAUGCACGGAUACGUAACAAUCAACUUAAAAGAAAACGAUAAAUUACCUACAGAAAAUACAAUAAAAAAAGCUAUAGAGAAUUGGUGUUCAACUAAAAACAAAGAAGCAAAAAUCAACUACAUGAUAAUGAGCAUGACAACACGAGGACCGAAUAAACAUAUUCAUGCAUUCUUUCAAUUAGAAGACACCACACAUACAAGAAAAAAGCCGUUUAUACAACUAAAUGAUGAGAAAUACUUUAUAAAAUUUACUCCAGUUACAGAAAACAAACAUUAUGAUGGCAGUUUUAAGAAUAUAAUAGAGUACAUUAGAAACCAAAACAAAAAGCACCCAGAAGAAGGAGCAGUAAUAAAAGAAAUCGGCAAAAUAAAAAUGGACAGAGGGAGAUUAGGAGAUAAAGAUAUUGGAAAAGCUUUAAAAAUGCCAAAUCUAGAGGAAGCACAUGCCUAUCUAAAAGAUAUUAGUUUAAAAGGUUAUAUGAAUAACAUGGCCAAGUUUGAUUCAAUGUGGAUACAAGAACACGAUAGAGACAACAUACACCGUAUCCACAUCAAGUUGCAACCAUGGAAAGAAGAAAACAGCUUAGUAAAGAAUAGCCGUAUAUGGCUAGAUACAAUACUGAAUGGAAACAAAAAAAGAAUUAAAACUCUAGUACUAGUCAGUGACACACGCAUGGGGAAAACCGAAUUCGUAAACGACUUAUUAAAAAAUCUAAAAGUCGAUGAAUUCCGUGGCCAUUUCAUGUUGGAUGGACACAACGAAAGUAUAAAAUAUGACAUCCGUCUGUUUGAUGAUGCCAAUCUGAAUGACAUUACUUGGCCAGAAUUUAAAUCUCUUAUUAGUACUAGAGGGGAACAAAUAACUAUUAACAUUAAAUAUUCUCACGUAAAAGUUACUUCUGUCCCAACUAUAUUAGUAUUAAAUCCAGGCAGCUGGAAGGCACUACAAACAAGAGCCAAAGAGUUUGAAGACUUCGAUUGGCUAGAGAAAAACACCGUAGUAUUACAGACAAAAGAGAAAUUGUAUGUAGAGCCACCUCCAAAAGUAGAAGUAAUACAAGAUAAAAAGAAAUACGAUGGACUGGAUCCCAAACUAGUUGAGAUGUUAAUGGAGAAUGAAAUUGAAGAAGUAAGCGAAGAUAUGGGAGAUGUUACAGUUGAUGAAUUAGACGAUAUAGUAGAUCAAAUGGAACAAGAAAGUAUGCCAGCACCAAUCCAGUUAGAAGUACCAGAGGAUAUAACACCAACUAAGAGAAUAGCCGAAGAUGAUCACGAAAUACAGAAGAGAUUCUUCGAUUUAACUAAAAACGUAAUAACAGAAGAAGGAGAUGAUAGAUACAUAACAGUACAAAGUGGAAAGAAAAUAAGAAUAGCUGAUGAAGAUAGUACAGAAGAAGAAAGUGAAGAUGAUCCAGAUGCUCUAGUAAAUAACUGGAAUACAGGAGAUGAAGACUAUACAGAAGAAGAUGAUGUAGAUUUACAUCCAAAUGUAUACACGGAAAAUAGUUAUUUUGAUCCAGACAAUGAACCUGAGAGAGCAAAUAAACCAGAUAUAAUUGAUGAAGAAUAUAAUAAAACAGAAGAAUCUCUAUUCGAUGAUCCAGACUACGAAGAAUAUAAUAGAGAAUUUGGAAAUAUAAAUGAACAACCAGAUGAAGAAGAAUACGAAGAAGAACAACAAAGAGAAGAUAUUCCAGAAGAAGAAACAAUAACAUAUGAAAUAGUUAAUCCAAAUAAUCAAGAACAAAUAUUAACAUAUGAUGAUAAUACAUUAAAAAUACUUGAUGGAAUAAUAGAUAUAAACAAUGAAAAUGAAUUAAUUGACACUCUAACUAGAGUAGAAGAAGAUGUAAGAAAAAGAAAUGAAACUAUAUUAUUACAAACAGAACAAGAAGAUGAAACAAUACCUGUAAUAAUAACUGACAAAAAAGAUAAUAUAUUAUUAGCUGAUAACAUUGAAGAAAAUAGAAUACCAGAAGUACUUCAACAACUAAAAGAACAACCAUUACAAGAAGAAAUAGAAAUACAUAAAGAUGUUAAAGAUCCUGAUAACUUUAUAAUACCACCUAAACAAUAUAAAGCAAUAAAACCAAUGGAUGACGAUGAAGAAGAUGAAAAGAAUAGAAAAAGAUAUAGAAAAUUAGAUGACUUCUUUAAUGAUAAUUAUAAGAAAAGAGGAGAUGAUAGUUCUUCGGAUAGUGAAGACAAUAGAGAAGAUGGAAAAGGCAAAAUUAAAUACCAAGCUAAAAGACCAUUUGAAGAAAAAUUAACAUCAACAUUCUUUAAUCCACCUAGAAAUAAUAACUUACCACCUCAACAACCAAUACAAGAGAUUGUACCAUAUCAACAAAUAAUAAUUAAACCAGAACAGAAAAAGAAGUCUCCCAAGAAAAUACAAAAUAAUGAUGACGUCAACGGUAAUAAACCAGACGACGAUUCUAAAGGUAUAAAGAUUAAAUUAAACGAAUUAGAAGAAAGAGAAUUAGUAUUAAAAGAAGCUAAACCUGUACCAGACUUUAUACCUUUAGAAUCCGUCGAUAUACCAAAUGAAGUAGAAAAUGAAGAAGCAAUACUAGAAGACGAUGGACAAGAAUUAGAAUGGUAUGAUGACCAUAUGCCAGAAGAAAUAAAAUUAGAUCCUGUACCAGAAGAUGCUAAAUAUUGGCAGAACUUUAAACAUAAUUCAGAAAAGAAGAAAAUAAAUUAUCCAAUUCAAUUAGUUGAUGAUAGAACACAAGGUAAUUUAGAAAGACAAGCUAAAGAAUCAAGAAAACUCCAACGAAAAACAAGAAAACAAGAAAAGAUCAAAAAGAUGAAAGAUCCUAUAAAUAAAAUAACAGAAGUAAAUAAAUUUGUUAAUAAGAAAAUUAAGAAAUACUUAAAACGUCAUCCUCUAUUAAUAGAAGAAGAAAUUCCCGAAGAACUUAUUGAACGAUGGCAAGAAGAAGCACUCCACGAUUACAAUUAUAGAUUACUAAUGUUAGAAUCAGAAGUUAUAAUUGUACAACAACCACCUUCUACAAAAAGAAAAGAACCAAAAGAAGAAAAAGAAGAAAAAGAAGAGAAACCAGAAAUAGAAAAAGAAGAAAACGAUUACCCGUUAAAUCUAAUUAUAGAAGAAGAUAGUGAAGCAGAAAUACCUAUAGAACCAGUAGAACCAUUAGAAGAUCCUCAAUUCGACUAUGCCACAUCAACAAUUGGCGGCGAAGAUAAAGUUAGAACUAGAUAA